AUGAAAGAUUUGGGUUUCUUGUGGUAUUUCCAUGGACUCAAAGUUGCUUAUUCUCCUCGUGGCUAUCUGUUGUCACAGCAAAAAUAUGCUUCAGAAAUUGUUUCCCAUGCUAGACUCCAGAAUGCUACAAAAAAGGUUGAUACCCCUCUUAAGGUCAAUGCCAAAUUUCGAGCUACCAAUGGUGAAGCUCUUCCUGACCCAACCUUUUAUAGCCAACUGGUUGGGAAACUGAUAUAUCUAACCAUUUCACGCUCCGAUAUUGCUUAUGCAGUACAUAUGGUUAGUCAAUUUUUGAGUGCCUCGUGUUCUGUACAUCUCGCUGUUGUUUUACGCAUCAUUCAUUAUAUCAGUGAUACUCAUCACCAAGCCUUAUUCUUCUCCUCUUCUACCUCACUUGAGCUCUGGGCAUAUACCGACUCAGAUUUUGCAGGAAAUCCAAGUGAUCGCAAAUCUACCACAUGA